GCAAUCCCGGUGCCUACCAGAGAACGGAGUAACACUAUGGAGCACACACUCUCCUCAAGAAUUCACUUUUUUGACCUUGGCUGGAAAAUCUUCUAAGGAAUUCACCAAUAAUAAUAAUGCAUUUGCGCCUUCCAUGGCAGCCCGAGCGGAUCGUCCAAUAUCGACAGGGGGUCUGCGCGUCCUCUUGAUCUGAAUCGCUGCUUCCUUCACCCUAUACAGUUCACCAUGGCCGCUAAACAUUUGACCGUUCGCAACCUCACCUCCGCGCCGAUUACUGUCAAGCGCAUUGAGCGAUUUCAUGCGACAAACAAUGGCUUCUCAUGCCUUACCGGAACCUUGAAAAAUGCUACCCACAGCAAGAGCGUCGUGGUCAUCGACCCUCAUACCGAGUCGUUCGCCGAGAAGGAGGUCGAAAUUCGCGUAGAACCGUUCACGACAGUCAAGACUGAGCUCCCCGCUUUCGUUGAUUCCAAAAAGGAGCGGUUGCGCUGGACCAUCGAAGCAGAAGGAGAGCAACACCAAGUGCAGACCCCCGUUCCUACGACCGAGUCAUCUACCAUGAAGCCGCUAUGCGACAGCCCUCGCUUCCAAUUCACCGGUAUCUAUGUGAUUCCUGAAGCGCACCUCGCGAUCUACUCCUCGGCCAAUUUGCAUGCGUGGAUGAAAGAAUUGAGAGAUGACACGUUAAUGUCAUCUCUCUCGAUUCCUGGCACACAUAACGCUCCUACACACCACCACGCACCUCCGUCUGUUCGUUGUCAGGCCGUGAGCCCACGCGAGCAGCUCCAGAACGGUGUUCGGUUCUUUGACAUUCGCGUCCAGCCGGUACAUCCUGAAGACGCCGAUAGAGAUGAACUGGCCUUGGUCCACAGUGUCUUCCCCGUCGCUCUGACUUGGCGUAAAUACUUCCGUGAUCUAAUGCACGAGGCCAACGAUUUCCUGGACAAAAACCCAUCCGAGUCCCUCAUUAUUUGCCUCAAGCGCGAAGGUCCUGGCACUCAUACCGAUGAGCAGCUGAGUCGCAUCGUGGCGGACCACUACGCAACCCCAGAAAGUCGGUGGUAUACAGAACCCAAAAUCCCCACGCUAGGAGAGGUACGCGGCAAGGUUGUCCUUAUGCGCCGGUUCAACAUCCAGGAACGACUAAAGCAAGCGCACGAAGGCCGUGGUUGGGGCAUCGACGCCGCCGGAUGGGCUGACAACUGCGCGCACGCAGUCUGUCCCGGUGGGCAACUCUGCAUUCAGGAUUUCUACGAGGUCUUGCAGUCAGAAGUCAUCGAGAAGAAGAUCCAAUAUGUGAGCGAGCAAUGCCACCGCGCAAGCCAGACAUGUUACCCUUUUGGUAUCCUACCUCCCAAUGCCGACAGGAACCACCCGUUCUACAUCAAUUUCCUGAGCGCAAGCAACUUCUUCAAGCUCAAGACGUGGCCGGAGAAAAUUGCUGCUAAGAUGAACCCUGCGACGGUUGAUUACCUCUGUCGUCGCCAUGGAGCAGAGGGAGAAUGUGACUGGUCUACUGGCAUCCUGGUUACUGACUGGGUUGGGAAAGACGGCGAUUGGGAUCUUGCGCGAUGCAUCGUGGGAAUGAACUCGAGACUCAAGUUGAGACAGUCGAGAUGCGCAUAAACUGCGGCCUUGUCUUUCUUUGUGCUAUUUUUAAUUUUUCUGCACAUAUCACUUAACAAGAGAGGUAAUAGUAAUAUCGUUAUACCCCACAGAAUAAAGCGUCAACAGUCUUCAA